GAAUAAGAAUAUAAAUUAUAUUAAGUUUAUAUUUGGCUUUCAUCAAUUUUCAUUUCAAUUUUGAUCAAGUUUGUUUGUUAUAAAUUCAAGUGGCAAUUCAAGGUUGACAAUACGAAUCACAAUUAUAUAAAAUAACUUCUAAAAAUUUAUUGUAAUUGCAGUAAUUAUAAAAAAUUUCAAAACUAAAAACCAACAAAAAAUGACAUGAAUCCCCUUGCUGUCCUUUUGUGUCUAAAAACUCAGCGCGCAUGUCUAUUUAGAUGAAACAUGGCCGGUCGCAGCGGUUAUGAUGAUAGAGACAACAGAGAUUAUGGUGGAGGCCGACGAGGAGGUGGCAAUACAGGAGGCGGCAGAAAACCCCUUCCUACUGAACCUCCUUUUACAGCUUACAUAGGCAACCUUCCUGGUGGGGUCAUCCAAGGAGAUAUUAAUGUUGUUUUUAAAGAUUUGAAUGUCAAGAAUAUAAGACUUGUCAAAGAUAAAGAAACCGAUAGGUUUAAAGGCUUUGGGUAUGUGGAAUUUGAGACCUUACAUGAUCUAGAACAAGCCAUUAGCAUGAAUGUAGAGGUUGAUGGAAAUAUACUCAAAAUCGAUGUUGCUGAUGGCAAAAGAAACGAAAGAGGCGGCGGUUUUGACAAAGGCGGCAGAGGUGGCGGUAGAGGGAACAGAGGCGGCGGAGCCGGUGGCGGUUUUAGGGGUGGCGAGAGGUAUGGUAAUGACGAUUUUGAAGGACGGCCUCUUUCUAGAGGGAACUUCAAUGAUAGAGAUAGGGGUGGCCAUAGAGGAAAUUACGGUAAUUUUGCUGGUGACGAUGGACACAGAGGUGACUGGUCUCAGAAUAGGGGACGUGGUGGUAACCAAGGUGGCAGUGGUGGAGGAGGUGGAGGUCCGGCUGGCGGCUUCGGCGGUGGCAAACCGCGACCAGAAAGAAAGAGUUUUUCAGAGGAUCUCCCCAGUGGCCCACUGGAUACCGCAGGCAGGCCAAAGCUGAAACUGCUACCAAGAACGGUGAAAGCGCCGAUCAACGCAUUAGCAGAUGGGGAAAGAAGCGUAUCCAUCUUUGGUGCAGGUAAACCGAGAGAAGAACGAGCCCCAUCAACGGAGGAAAGUAAAGAUGAUUAAUUUGUGUGUUUUGUUUUCUCUUUUUUAAGUUAUUGUAAAGAUAAUAAUUUUACAUUUACGCAAAAAUGUAACCUUAAUAAAAGUAUAAAAGGAAUUUUUUACAGAGAGGAAGGUCUAUAAUGAAUGUUUUUUCAUUUGGAUGUGGAUGAAGGUCUCAUGGUUGGGGACUAGUUGGUUUAUGAAUAAUUUCUUAUAUAAUUUUUAUUGUAUAACAAAUAGAGUGAUGUAACCUUAUAUGGCUACAAACUGUAGUGCCUAUAGUAGAUUAUAGUAAUCGUGAAAUCAGCUCAUUAAGGGAAUUUUUUUCUGCUUAUUUAAUCAAUUUUGUAUUUAUUAUACUAUUUUUAUAUGGGUCCCUAGAUUCUAUUUUUAUAUGUUCAAAACAUUUUUGUUAAAUAGGCAAGCAUUGACGUGUUUACAAGCUACAAACAUACAUUCUUUGAGAUAUAAAUAUGAGCCAUCAAUAAUGAUGUUUCAAAUGUCUCUUCCAUCCUAUCCUCAAAUGAUAGAGAUUUUCAUUGAUUUCAGUUGAUUUUAUAGCUGCUACUAGAAAUUACGAAGAAUUUAGGCAAAUGGAGCCUCAUGAUAUCUCAUGGCAUCUGCAAAACCUAUUAAAGGAAAAAAAAACAUUGAGUUCCAAUGUUAUCACCUAUUUUUCCUUGUACAUUCGCAAGUACAAUGUGGAAACUGUUAUUGAAAAUAAAGGUAACUAAGGGGAUACAUAUUACACCUUUAUAGUCCAGAGAUCGAACUAGUUGUCAGUGAUUCAUUUUGAAGUUCGUAGAUUAUUACGGAAUUUGAGGAGUAAUUUCACUGGCGUGUAAAAUUAUACUAUAAUGUGUAUAAUUGUAUAAUUUUAUAAUUAUACCAUUAUUUUAGUAAGCAAUAAGUAACAUUUCAUGCAACAAUUUCCUGCCAACAAUUUCCUGCCAACUAUUUCGUUAUUUGAGUAUAGUUGUCUUGUCGUAAUAUGUAUGUUCCCCUACUAUGAGAUACUCGUUUCAUAAAGAAGCGUAUACAAAUUGUAAAACUACUGAAACGACUGAACCAUACGGCGGCAACUGAACCAUAGCUUAGUUGAUAUCUGAGGAAUCUUGGAGUUGUACAGUGAAGUGUAAUGUGAUAGAGAAAUAUCUCUUAAGCUUAAGAGGCAUAUUUCUAAAAUAAGCCAAAACAGACAAUUGUCAUUCGAAAAAGUAGAGAAAAAUGUCGGAACUGUUUACGUGGGAGUCCACUGAACAUUAUAUAUCGAAAUAGAGCGAAAGUGAUAGUGAAUUCUUUCAAAAAUUUGUUAUGGAGGGACUUCUUAUCAAAUGAAUAAGUGCUUAAACGCAACCUAUCAACCGCUGUACAACUAUUUUCAAUGGAAAGUGACCUUUUUGAUAUCAUUUUACUCCCACAAAAGUCAGUUUAAACUGAAAUUAAUUAAUUUAUAGAAAAAUCUGAAUAUACUAGUCACCCCUCAUGCACUCCUUAAUCCACUGUCCAAUAUCUUUCUAAAAUUACUUGGGGAAUUAAGAUUUUCAGAUUGUUCUAUGUAAUCGAUUUUAUGCUGCAUUUUACUGUGUUAAUUAGGAGGCAGGCGUUCCUGAUGAUAUUUUUUAAAAACAUUGCUAUAGAUUUCUAAUACUUUUUUUUCUGCGACUCCCCAUAAACGUACUUGCAAAGUUGCGUUAAAAAUGUUCUAUUCAGUUUAAAGUAUGUGAUACAUUGAACACUUUCAAAGAUAAAUCAUGUCUGACGGUUGUUAGUUUACAUAUAUAUUUCAGCGAGUGAAAAAUCGAACUCAAUAUCUUAAUGAUCUAAUGAGCUACUACAUUCAUACGAAUAUGUUCAUCUGGAUGAAUGUCGUAGAGAAAAAUUGACAAGAACACCAUUUAGUGAGUCGAAAACCUUUUUAAGAUCAGCAGCAGGUUGUAAGAUAUGGAGAAGUAAUGGAUAUGGACACGAUAUGCAUUUGUAAAAGAGAAAAGAGGAGUCAAACCAUUCAAAGUCCUUUAGGAAAAAAUCUAAAAAUUUGUAUUAAAUUUAUCGUCUAAAGCCUUUACAGCUUGCAAGUAUACCUGCAAGAUGCAAGAAAGUUGCUAAAAGGCAUGCACAGUAUGUCGUCAGCUGAUUAUUUCCUGCAACUUCUUGCAAUUGCGCAAUAAUCGGUUUGGUGCCAUUUUCUGUUCAAGUUUUCAUGCAAGUCUAGAGGAAUUUGCAGGAAAUUUGAUUUUUCCACAAUCUUUCCCACAAAGACAUACAUGCCGAUCAGCUGUUUUUGAGAUAUCAACAUUAUUUCCCAUUAAGGGUAAAAAUUUCAACAUUAAUUGCAAGCUGUAAAAUCACACAUAAAGACCUUGCAAUAGACUUGCAUGAAAGUUAGUCAUGCAAGAAACGGCAGCAAGUUUUCUUGCGAGCUGUAAAACGGGGUUAAGCAACAACAAAUAAAAAUACUUGUAAGAGGGAUUUAUAAACCAAGCAAGCAAAAGAAAAAUUUUAACCUGGUCAAGGUAAAUCGUGUGUUGUGCAUGUAACGGGUGGCUCUGUUAGACACCAGACUCAGUAAAGCACAACUUUAAUUCAAGUAAAAAUGUCUUCUGCAUAAAUAAAUCACUAAAUGAAAUUAAUUUCUCUGUACAAUAGAAAUAAAAUAUCAAUCCCGUCGAAGGUUUCAACAAUGUCACGAACCACUGUUGAUUACCUGCGAACAAUAAAUACAGUUAAUUGAAGUAACAAGACGAUGAGUUAUGUACUACAUACACACAUCAAGGAGAACAAAUGAUGGAGAACGGUGCUGGUAUACAUUUAGAGUUGGGACGGAUCAGUCAAUACUUAAUCACCGCGGCAGGACGGUUUGGCCUUAAAUUAAUACUUUAAGAGCCUGAUGUGGAAACCACUACUAAAUCAAUCCUUUAGCAGAGGCGAUUGACCUCCAGUCAACACCCUUUGGCCCGAAAAAGUUGUACCAGAUCAAUUCUCCGGCAAAACUCACGUCUUUAUUGUGGCGGACAUCGGUGUUAGUGGAAAGUAAGGUACCGUACUUGUGUACGGAACAGUGUGGCUAGGUUUUAUACCGGGUUGUAAGCCAGAAUGAUGAUGAAGUCUUGAGUCUUCUAGACAACUUCUCUCAUAGUGUUUUUAAGAAAUUUCGUGUGAAUAAAAUCCUAAUCUGACUAAAACAUCCUAAUAUUUCUGAAACAAAAAUGUGGCUAGAACAUCAACUACGUUAAUUACUAAAUCAUUCAGGAAUAUAUCAUUCAAUAGCAAGUAAAGUUCUAUUCAUGAGCAUUUUUCAGUGCGUUACAAAUGAUAGAAAAAAAGGUAAGUCCGUGAUAAUACACAUUUAUAACAUUUAUUCUAACCAAUUUAUGCCAAUUUGGCAUAAAAACAAAUCAAUUGUGUUUAUUGCAUUUAUAAAAUGGUAUUUUCUUUGAUUUGUAUAGUCUUAUAAAUUGUACAGAUUAUAUUCGAAUAAAGGCCAAAGGGCGUAACCCUCAAUUUAUAAAUUUUACAGGAGGCUAAUAAAACUGAAUUACUUGUACUAUGUAGCUAGUUUCAAUAUUCUAAGAUACAUGUUCUAUGUAGCUAGUUAAACUAGCUACAUAGAACAAUGAAUAUCGAAUAUUGAAACUAGCUACAAAGUACAAGUAAUUCAGUUUUAUUAGCCUCCUGUAAAAUUUAUAAAUUGAGGGUUACGCCCUUUGGCCUUUACACCAUUGAUAUUAUAUAAUUCGUAAAUAUUUUUUUUCGAUUAUAGCGCCAUCUAUCGACAACUAGAAUAAAUGUUAUAAAUGUCUCUAAUCACAGACGUGCGUUUUUUCUGUCACAUACAAUUUAAUUCAUUAGAAAGAAAUCGAAAAACUGUGACGCACUGAAAGAUGCUCAUGAGAAAAAUAAUACUUGCCUUUAAUAUACAUAUACAAUAAGUUUAUAGCUGUGCUUUCAGGGAUUUAUUACAUAAGUUUGACUUAAAUGUAUAUCAAAACAUGCCCAUUUUGAAUAACCAACCUAAUUGUUUAAAUUCAACACUGCCAUAUUUUGCGCCAAUUGAAAUUAUUGAUUUUUUUCAAUUCUCUGUGACUAUAUUCAUUCAACAUUUCCCUUACUUUUUGAGCAAUGUUUUUAUUUUAAAGUUCAAAAAUGCUCUCUCAUUUUCUAAAAAGAUCGAUUCAUUUGUGUAUUUAACUUCACUAUUAAGAGCGUAGGCUCAAUAUUUCUCGCCAAUGUGUUUUAAAUGGGUACCGGUUAAACUUGGUAAUGUAAUCUUUCAUGCUGCGUUUAAAUGUUUCAAAAAUAUUAGUUUUUUCAGUAUUCGAAAAAAAAAUGAAUGCAUGUAAAAAGCAUAGGCCCGAAAUGCGAUUAUUGACAUAAUUUAGGUUAAAUACUAAUGACCUGCUUACGGUUUACACCAAAUUGCCAGAUUAACUGGUAUAUGUAUCAAUUUAGCUCUACUUAUUCUUCCUAUUUAAACUUAUACAUAAUAAGUACACAAAAACUUAUAUAGCAGCAAUAAUAUAGUUUUAAUAAACUCGAUACAGUCUUAAAAUAUUUAUGAUACUUCUAUUCCACUCUACUGUUUUGUUUUUUUUUCUAUCUACUUAUGCCUACUAAUAACUGAUUGAUAUUAUAUUAUAUCCAGUCACAUCGAAUUUUUCUACUCUUUACGAUAAUAUUGUCAGCCACUGUGAAAUGUAAUAAUUUUACAGAGGUUUUUAUUAAAAAAAUGCAUAAAAAUACCAAAAAUUAUUCUAUCGCUAAUUGUAUAAAAUUAAACUUUACAAUUUAUAAAAGUACAACCUACUUUGUAUUUGUUAAUUGUAAUUAUAUAAUAUAAGAAUCUUAUGCUUUGUUUUUUUUUUACAAGUGAAGAAAUUGUCACAAAUCUAAAUUUUUCUCUAAUAUUCUGUGUAAUUUACACAUUUAAUGGUACAGUGUAAAUAAAAUAAUGAGAUACUUUCCUCAAUUUAUCAGAAAUUGACUAAACUGAUGAUUAGUUUCAUUUUCUUCCUAAAUUCAAAUACCAUUGCAAAUUUUCUGAUGCCAAUGUAUUUUGGAACCCCACAUAAGGAAUCCCCAAUUUGAAACCUACAUAGUGUUGUGAUUACUUUGGUAUUCAAUUCAUAAUGCUGGAGCCACAGUAACGUUAACAUCUAACGUCCAUUUUCGCUUUAAUUAACACACCAAAAAUGAUGGAAUAAACUGCGCAUUAAAGUGACUGGCCACACUUAUUUUAGCGCGUAGUCAGCAGAAAACGCGUUUUUUAAUCCAAUAAUUUCAAGAUGGAAGUCGAAGCUGCUACGCUGUUAUAUUUUAUGUGUGCUAAUUAUUAUUUUAUGAAUUUAUUAUUUUAUAAACGGUUCAAGCAAAAACCAAGACUCAAAAGAAGAUGGUGGAUGAUAAAAAUGCAGCGUCACAAUGAACACCACGAUUUUUAUGUGAUUUUUGUCGGUGAUCCCAUAAGCAAGUUUAUGUUUCGAACACUGUUAAAAAUUCAAGUAUUUUCUCGUUACUCCACUCCAUUUUCGUAGAAUAGUAUCUAUGUAACCUAUUUCACACAAUAAAUUACUCUGCCGCGCUGCAAGCUAGAAUUUGUUGAAACAGUGCAAGUGUAGCCACAACAACGCCAUAAGUAACGGAGUAACUCCUUUGUAGUGUCGAAAGAAACCGACACCCGAUCUAUCGCCUAACGUUUAACGGCAUUAAUAAUGCCAUUUUGUGAACAGCCGUGCAUGACAACUGGUCUCAUAAGCCAGAACGCCUGGGUUCGAGCCCCAGCACAGACAAUCGCAUUUUUCAUUUCUAAAAAUGAUACGAGCUGUUGACCGUGCCUCGGAGAGUACGUUAAGCUGUCGGUCCCCCUGGGCUAGUCUUAACAUCGACACUAGUUACUUGAAACAGGGUUAAAGAUGUAAAUGGCCCCGGAACCUGCCCGAAAGGAUCUUCCCGGCAAAAAUGCCAUACGAUAUUAUUAUUAUUAAUAAUGGCAUUAACAAAUUAGCGCGCUAAGUCAUGGCUACACCUAACGCGUUAGUCAAAUAACGCGUUAAUUAACGGCAUUAGACGUUACUGUGGCCCCAGCAUAAACUGAACUUUUUAUCGUUUUUUUUUUAUCCAAAAUGGUUCUUUGAUGUACCCAGUACAAUUUAAUGUUAUAAGUCUUGCUGUGUAACAGCUUUUAUCGAUGUGGUGCUAUAAAGAUAAUUUUAGCGAAUCUUGCAUAACAUAAGUCUUUAUUUCCAAUUUUUUCUUUGUUUUUCUCUCUCUCUCUUGAGCAGUAUUCAUAGGGUUACCAUAAUUUAUUAAGGCCAAAUCCGGACAGGGGUAGUCCAUGGGGUUGUAGGAAAGCUAAAAUGUGAAUUUGACUGUGUGUGGCUACCUCUACAUUGUACAUACAGUGUGUUCCAACGAAAAUUUGACCCCUCCUCCAAACUCAGAAACUAAGAGUUUCUUCACAAAAACACGUCAAUUUGUAUCGGAAGGGGGACGAAUUUUCAUGCAAAAUUCAUGCUCUCAAAUGUAACCCCCUACUGACCCCCAGUGUUUUUUAAUUAACAAGUGUAGUCGAGUUGCACAUCAUUUGAAAGGUAGUUUUUUUUUUCUCUACACGACCCUCUAUUUUUUUUAAUUUGCGAAAUAACUUUAAAGACAGUUUUGGAUUUAACUAAUUUAUAAUACAUUUGUUAAGUUCAAAAUUGUCUUCAAACUUGUUAUGUAAAUUAAAAAAAAAUAGUGUCGUGUAGAGAAAAAAAUUACCUUUCAAAUGAUGUGCCACUCGAUCACACUUGCUAUUUAAAAAAAAGUGGGGGUUGAUGCGGGGCAGUGGAGGGUUACAUUUGAGGGCAUGAAGUUUGCAUGAAAAUUCGUCCCCUCCCAUUAUAAAUUGACGUAUUUUUAAAAUUUUUAAGAAGCUCUUGGUUUCUGAGUUUCUGGGGUGGUCAGAUUUUCGAUGGAACAGACUGUAUAUGCGAAAUGCAUAUGGCACAAUUAAAAGUACAGCUGUUUCGCUACAAUAUGCAACUAACAUCGAAAAUAUUUGCAAGUUUAAAAUACAUAUACACCUAUGUUUUAACAUACUUUAGACCUAGAACUUAACUAGGUGCUGCGCAGAAUGAAAUUUUCCACCGUUGGGCCAAGUGUUUUCCAUUUUUUUUAGUAAAGCAAAAAAUCCGGACAUUUCUCAUAUCCGGACGCCAAUCCGGACAUGCCGUUCAAAUCCGGACUGUCCGGAUGAAAUCCGGACGUAUGGUAACCCUAAGUAUUCAUCAACUGAUUCAUGGGUUUUGUUCUUUUAGACUUGUUUUUUCUUCUUGUGAAGCCCUUUGUAGUCCCAUCAAUAGUAUUGGACUAUCGCGUGCUAUUAAAUUUAGGAUGUCAUAUGUGUAAUAUUCUCUUGGUGUAGUUGGAACUCUUCUUAGAAGUUUGCCUCAAAAAUUUGUAUUUCUUGUCAGCUUCACGAUUCUAGAAAUGGUGAGUCUGAUUUAAAGAUCUUGUUAAGCUACCAAGAUUAUGAAUUUGCACGUGAUUUCCACAGGACUUCCACAAAGUAGCCAGCAAACUAUAUUUCUACUAUAUUUCUGGCUAGUGCUUUGAUUUCAGCCAGGGUUUCCCCAUUUCUUUCUCUUCGUCCAGUAUUGCCCUUUUCCAAGUUUUUAAGUCUGCAUACUUUCUGUCAGCCUUCAGAAUUCCAAUCCAGCACUGUUCUUACAAUGUCAUCUGUUGUGUCAAUGUUGUGUACGGAGUGUGUGGUCCAGGCAUCUCUAUAAUUUUCUUCGCCUUAUUUGCUUUAUGGCAUUUUUUUGGUUGGCUUGGGUCUCCACAAAUUUUCAUUUAAAAUUCGAUGAGGCCAAAAUAUCAUCAUCAAUGGUGCUACAGCACUAUGAAAGAGCCUCGACCUUCUCAAGUCUAUUACGCCAGUCAGUCCUAUCCAUUGCCAACUGUUGCCAGUUUGCUGCGCGUAUUUUUCUACCAUCGUCUACACCAUCCUUCCAUCUGAGUUUUGGCCUACCCCUAUUUCUACUUCCCACAGGUUGUGACAUAAGGAUUCUUCAAGGAGGGUUGUUAUGCUGUGAUCUUGCUAGAUGUUCUGCCCACUUAGUCUUCCUAUUCUUAUAAGAGAUACUACGUCUUUACCACCAAAUAUAUGUUUAUAUCUGUGGUAUACCUCGUAGUUGGACCUCCUCCAAAUACCAUUUUUGCAGAUGCCACCGAAUAUUCCUCUCAGGAUCCUUCGUUCAAAUAUAGCCAGGUUUUCAUCUGCCUUGGAGAUGGUCCAUGUCUCCGAUCCAUAUGUCAACACUGGUUGUAUAAGGGUUUUGUAUAUGGUUAUUUUUGUUUUUUGGCUUAAGUUUCUGCUUCUCAUAUGUCUACUCAGUCCAAAAUAGCAUUUGUUCGCUAGGAUUAUCUUUCUCUUGAUUUCUUCCGUCAUGACGUUCUCCUUGGUGAUCAGGGAGCCUAAGUAUGUGAAUUUGUCCACCACUUCAAAGGCAGAGUUAUCAACAGUAAAUUGGUGACCGAUGUUUCUGGCUCUAUUGUUGGAUGUUAAGGCCAAAAUACACGAAGGAUAUUUCGUAACACUAUCUAUUGAUUAAAACUUUUAUUUGGUGUACUGAUACUUAUAUCUUCUAUGUAUCACAGCCAUAUGGUAAAACCGCUUUUAAUUUUUUGUAUAUGAUUUUUAAUUUCAUUGUAAUUUGGUAAAUCCUUGAAUUACAUGUUAUCAAUCAGAUUGUAGGCAUUGUUAUCGUUAUGGUAAAUCGGGACAGGGCCCACUUGUGAGCCAGCCCUGCAGACACUUUGACGUCCUAAGGCGGGUUCAUUGUAUCAUCUUUAUCAUAUGGACUAGGUCCAUAAGGAUCUGAUCUUCGGUGUUUCUGGGGUCCAGGCUUCUCUGGGCUUUCAUAUCUACUAGAACAGAAGGGGCUUCAAAUCUGAGCUCCUGCCUUUCCGAAUAUCUAAUCCUUUUUGCAUCAAGGCCCAAACCAGAAUCUGUCACCUCUGAUAGACCAGCACCAGGCGCUUCCAGAGGACAUGUGAGGAGGUUUCUUCCUCAUCACAUAGACGGCAUGUGGGCCAUCCGCCAAUCCAAACAGAUCAAGGUGCCGCCUGAGUCUACAGUGGCCGGUAAACAUGGUCUGUGGUCCAGAAGAAGUUAAAUUCAUGUGACUGCUCUACGCUUACUCUUUAUGCGUGAUUGGUUUGGUCUGAAGUCGGCUUGUUCAUUCUGGUUUCACACUGUCUGUCAGUCGGUUGUCUAUAAUUAUUGCUGUUAAUUUAUUUAUGGUAGUCAAAAAGUGUGAUUCCUCUUUAGUUUUGGCAAUAUCUUGUCACAGGUUCCGUUUUCCAUUAUUUAGGAACUUUUUUCCUUUCUCCAGGCCCUUCACAAAAGUGGUUUGAUUAGCUCUGUUGUAGGUGGGCAUGCUUUUAAAACUCUGGUGGAAUAUUGUCAGGGCCGGCUGCUUUGUGCGCUUUUUGUUUUUCUAUGACCAUUUCUAUUUCUUGCUUGUUGGUUCAUUGGUGUUAAUUCUUACAUAUAUUUAGAUAUUUGUCCGAAAUUUUAGAUUGUUUAUUUUUAAGUAUAUAUGCUGUGUCAGCAGAGCAUUUCAAUGGCUUUCGAUAUUUAAAAGAUGGCAAUGUAAUAUUCUCUAGUCUUCUAUUGAUACCUGUUUUUAAUUAAUUACUGCUUUUUCUCAACGUGUAAAGAAUAAUUAUGGUUUUUGUUCAUAAUUAUCUGGGGUUUGUAUUAGAAAAAUAUAAAACUAAGAUAUACAACAGAAAUGGUUGUAGUGAAAAGUAGUGCCCACAUUAUAUGUACUUUUCAGUAAAUUAAUAGUGAAUCUGUUGGAAUAAAGAUAAUGGAAAGAUAUGAUUUAUCUUAGACUGGUUUUCUUUUUUUUUAUAUAUAGUUUUGUAGAUUAAAAUGCCCUGUAUGUUUUGGGGAAGUUUACAGUUAACGUUGACUCUUUAAAAUCUGUACUAUCGGUUAAAUAUGGCAUUGUAAAAAAUUUGGAUCCACAGGUAUUGUGCAUCUUUUUUGUAUAUUAAUUAUUUUUUUUACAAUGCUAUUAUCGACGUUAUUCGCACAUAUUGUGUGACAUUCCGUCAUUGUGUAAUAUAUUUCAAAAUAAAAUUGUCAAAUUCUU